UGCUUGUGCUUGUCCAUCGAGAGCAAGGCAGCAAGAGUGUGUCCGGUAGGCGACUUGCUAGUGGAGUUCCUGGCGCCGCCAGCACAGGCGCCAAGCUGCAGGAGCCAUGCCGAGGGUUCUCCGGCGCGGCCAGGCCCUCCUCCGCCGACUCCUCUCCGCCCGUUCCCCUUCGUCCGCAUCCUCCGCGCUGGAAUGCUGCAAUCAAAAUGUGUCAUAUACAGUUCAGCUGCGGAGCUUGUCUGCAGAAGGUAGGGAACAAUCAAAAGCAGAAGAACAUGAUUAUGGCGACAAAAAUAUUAAGCAAAAUGACUUUGCGCUACAGCAAGCUCUUGACCAAAUUACAUCUGCAUUUGGUGAGGAUUCAAUAAUGUGGUUAAAUCAUGCUUACGGUCGUAAAGAAGUUCCUGUCAUAUCCACGGGAUCCUUUGCCUUGGACACAGCUUUAGGAAUUGGUGGACUUCCAAAGGGAAGGGUUGUUGAAAUUUAUGGUCCAGAGGCUUCAGGGAAAACAACUUUAGCACUUCAUGUCAUAGCUGAAGCACAAAAGAGUGGAGGAAACUGUGCUUUUAUUGAUGCUGAGCAUGCUCUGGAUCCAGCCUUAGCAGAAUCUAUAGGUGUGAAGGCAGAACACAUGCUACUAUCUCAACCUGACUGUGGUGAACAGGCUCUUGGCCUUGCUGACAUCCUAAUUCGAAGUGGCUCUAUUGAUGUUGUGGUUGUGGACAGUGUAGCAGCACUUGUCCCCAAAACUGAGCUGGACGGUGAGAUGGGAGAUGCACACGUUGCACUUCAAGCAAGGCUCAUGAGUCAAGCCCUUCGCAAGUUGAGCCAUUCACUCUCUCGCUCCAGGACAAUCCUGUUAUUUAUUAAUCAGGUAAGAUCAAAGCUGAGCACAUUUAGUGGGUUUGGAGUACCAGCAGAAGUAACUUGUGGAGGAAAUGCCUUGAAAUUUUAUGCUUCUGUUCGCAUGAACAUCAAAAGGAUAGGUCUUAUAAAAAAGUUUGAAGAGGCUAUUGGUGCGCAAAUUCAAGUCAAGAUUGUGAAGAACAAACAUGCUCCUCCAUUUAAGACUGUACAGCUUGAGCUUGAGUUUGGAAAGGGCUUAAGCCGUGAAUCAGAGCUCAUCGAGUUAGGUUGCAAGCACAAGUUCAUAACAAAAUCAGGAGUGUUCUAUCAUAUGAACGGGCAAACUUUCCAAGGCAAAGAUGUCAUCAAACGUUACCUUGCUGAGAACGGAGAUGUCCAGGAAGAUCUUAUGACGAUGCUAAGAGAAAAGAUAAUGCAAAAUGAAUCCCAACUAGAUAGGCACGAGGAGGGUGUUAACCUGGAUAAGAAUGCAUCAGAGAUUGCCGCAGCCACAGAUGAAGAGGUAAAUGACGAGCUUGAAGCCUGAAGCUAUAUCCCUGAAGCGUAAAUAUGCUGCUUGCCCUCACAACUUUGAAGGAUGAAACUUUCGAACUAAAGUUAACUAGGUGCGCAAUCAUAGCCCAGUAGAGCUAAAUAUGCAUGAAUGUUUUAUCUUCCGUUUGUGUAAAUACCGUAGUUGUAACUGUUUUGCUCUUUUGUCUGGCAAAACAAGUCCAUGAGAUAGACCUUAUGAAUGUUUAGUACGCUGGUCAGAGUAAUCUCUAUAUGGUUACUUUUUGCUUCUGCACAAGCCUCCAUUUUGGACACUGAGGCUUCUUUAACA